AUGAUCAACUAUCUCUACAACCUAAGUGAUUCCACCUCUGUCGUGGCCCUGUUUCGCAAGAACAGGAGGGUGGACGUCGUGCUGAAGCAUCGCAAAUCUCCGGGGAAACAUCCUUUCGAGUUUGAGAAGAAAGAGGAGCACGGCUCCGUGUCGAUGACGGUGAAGAUUUUCGAUGUGGUCUAUUUUCUCGCCAGAGAUGGCGACUCUAUUACUUUUACUCGUGAUGCGGCUGACAAAGCUAUCUUAUCUGUCGAGCCGCAUCAUACUAGUGGUAGUUUUAAAUUGAGAUGUGGUGAAGACUAUCUUCGUCACUCUCAAAAUAUUUUGAUUUUUGAGAGGGCUCCUCCCAUUUCGGCGACAGCCGAGCGGGAGGAAACUCUCUGGCGAGCCCGUCCUGUUGAAGGGGACGUGGAUUUUGCUCGUCUUAACGAGCUUAUGAAUGGGUUCUUUCAAUGA